CAAUGAAUCAUCCCAUUCACGCUUCUCAACCUCCAAACCCUACUAUUGCCGAUCUACGAUCGGUUUGAAAUGGCGAGGACGAAGCAGACGGCGCGGAAGUCCACCGGGGGGAAGGCACCGAGGAAACAGCUGGCGACGAAGGCAGCCAGGAAGUCGGCCCCCGCGACCGGUGGCGUGAAGAAGCCUCACCGCUUCCGGCCCGGGACGGUGGCGCUCAGGGAGAUCCGUAAGUACCAGAAGAGUACGGAGUUGCUGAUCCGGAAGCUGCCCUUCCAGAGGUUGGUGCGGGAGAUUGCGCAGGACUUCAAGACGGACCUCCGGUUCCAGAGCUCCGCUGUGGCGGCCCUCCAGGAGGCGGCCGAGGCCUAUCUGGUUGGCCUCUUCGAGGACACCAAUCUCUGCGCGAUCCAUGCGAAGAGAGUAACCAUCAUGCCCAAGGACAUCCAGCUCGCUCGCAGGAUCCGCGGUGAGAGGGCUUGAUGUGUCUACCUCCCCUUUGGGAUCUCUCGUCUUGCCACAUCCUUCCCUUUUGUCGAGGGCUUGAACUCGAACGGGUGUAGAAAGACAAGCCGUGGGAAGUUGUAUCUUGGUGUUAUUCUUAUGGAUGUUGUUCGUGUUCGUACUAAACUUAUCGGUAAACUAAAAGGCAUUGCAUUACGACUCA